GUCGAAAACGGGAUAGGACAAAUCGGAAGCAAUACCCAUGCCCCAUCCCACGCUACUGCGGGUCAGGUAUAACCCGGCCAAACAUAUCGAUGCAGGUCAGGUCGCGAGGGUUAGGUCAUAAAUUGCCAUUACUAAUUGCCCUUGCUGUCAUUCUUCAUAUUAUAUUCAGAUGAAGACUAGUUGAUGUUCUCUCAAGUCUCAACCAUACGUUGCAUUUUAAAACACGAGAACAACGAACUAGUUAGUAACAAAGACAGAGUUGAAGCUUAACUCAAACUACAAUAAACUCCGUCAAAUGUAGACUACCAAGUCGUGGUCCUAUCCUAUGCUAUCGUGGUAUACCGCUAAAAAUGUUUAUCAAUUUGGACUUCAAUGCAAGAUUACUCAAACUACAAUAAAACCCCGUCAAAUGUGGACUAUCAAGUCGUGGUUCUAUGCUAUCUUGGUAUACCGCUAAAAAUUGUCUAUCAAUUUAAACUUCACUGCAAGUUUUUUUUCCCAGUCAAACCGUCAAUACAAUACGCGAUUCCAUAAGCAAUUGAUUUAAAAAGAGGAACCCAAAUCACCAUCAAACCCUAGUUGGCUUAACCUAACCACUAAACCGAACCGUAGCUAGGCUGCAUGAGGUUGGGUGGUGGAGUUGUUGGUUGCGUGGAGUGCUUGUCCAAGCCAAGUGAUCGGCGGGUGAAAGGUUCCAUUGGAGGCAGGCUGGUUCGGUUCAUUUUUCCUUUUUCCAAAAAAUUAUUUCUUUUUUUUUUCCCGAAGAAAAGGAAAUAAAAAAUGACGUAACCAUCGAUCACCGGCCGUCCAUCUUUGACUCCACUCAUCCGACGGCUCCCAGACCGCUUCGCUCAUCCUUCCCAGCUCCGGCUUUUCCCACCCAGUUUUAUUGUUUGUUUCUCUCCCAUUUUCAUUUCUAGCAUUUGGGACGGCCCUCUUUCUCUCUCCCCUCAUUUUCUCUCUCUAUAUCCUGCUUCUUCGUCUUGUCAGAGAAGCGAAGAAGAAGAAGACGCAACAAAGUGCCCCUGUAAAAAGCCAGGCCGCCAGUCUUUGAAUCAACGAAGAACCAGAAGAGAGGGAGAGAGAACUGAUUCUUCCUUUCUCUUUUCCUUUUCUUCUGAUAUCUCCUUUUUCUCGUUCAAUCCGUUUACUGGACGACGGAGGCGCCUUUCCCGCCGCCGCCGUGAGGUACUAUUGCUGAUACUAACACCUGCGAUCUUUUUCCGUUUUGGUUUUCCGCUCUCCGCCGGAAGUAAGGUUUCUCCGCGGAUUUCGUGGAAAUUGUGAACAAGGAGACUGGUAGGGGAGAAUCGGUAUUGGUUUUUGGGCGUUUCUGGAAGAUAUGGCGGGGGAGAGCUCCUGGACGUUUUUUUUUUUUUUUUGCGUUCUCUUUUAAUUAUUGUUUUCUUGUGGCCGCUCCCAAUUGAUUGAAAUUGGACCUGAAAUGGCGGAGGAAACAGGUGGUAUUUUUAGCGUGUGGAGAACAAUUGAAUGCGAAAUUCGCAAAGUAGAAUUGAUUUCUUUCCCCCCCUUAAAUUGCGAAAGAGGAAACGCUUUGCGUCCUUUUUUUUUUUUGGGGUGUAAUGCGAAGUUUUCCCUUCGUUUCAUUCGCUGCAUGUUCAUUCUUCCCCUUUCGUUUCCCGCUCCUUGCAUGAUCAACCGCGAUGCGAUUGUUGUUCAGAACCCAGGUCCUUAAAAUCAGUCCCACUUUGUGAAUUGAAUAUAGUUGUCUUUUGAUGAUGAUGAUGAUGAUGAUGAUGAUGAUGAUGAUCCUUUCCCUUUUAGUGGGGGUUUUCUUCUGUUUCCUCGCGUUGUCAAUGUGUACCCGUCUUUGGAAUUUUAGUGGGUUUUUGUUUGGAUAUGCUUUUCUUCUCCUAGGAGACCUUUGAUACCGAUGUUAUGAAUGUUUUCAUUUCAUGGCUUUUUUUCUGGUUUGCUGGAAUGAUGUAAGAUCAUUUCGGGUUCUCUUCUCUUCUCUUUCCGUAUAAUUUUCCUGCUCGAUGAUCAUCUUCUCUUUCGGCACAUGAUCUAGGAGAGUGUCUGGUUGAUGGUUAUGGUGGUCUUUUCCGAAUUGGGAAACUUGGAAACUUUUUCUAAGAUGUUGUUCUCCUGUGAAUAAUACUCUUUUUGGAUUGAUCACUUUUGUAGGAAAUACGUGAUUCAUGGAUGAGUACUCUGGUAAGAGAGGGCCGGAUGGCCUCUUGGUCUCCAGGAAAGGAUCUUCACUUCUUCUACGAGAUACUGGCAAUAACAAAGACCAGAAUGGUCAAUUCUGCAAUCGGAUAGGGUGCAGUGGCAGAUUAAACGCUGCUAAAGGUACUACUCAAAUCAACUACACUGGCAAACCCCAAUCUUCAAGGUCAUCAAUUCGACCUUCCUCAAGUGGCAAGGAAAUUGCUGGGAGUUCCUCUAGGAAUUAUUCAGCCGUUAACAAUAGCACUAGGAAAUCGCUGCCGGAAUGUCGGAAAAAAGUCUCUUCUCGGGUAGAACCUGAUUCUUCUUCUGAGAGCGCUGGCAUUCAGGGCGACCCUGAUGUUCCAGAACUCGAAACUUCCUCGAGAAAGCUUCAUAAGGGUAACAAGUCCUCUUCUGCUGAAGCUCACACUAGUGUGAUUGCAUCCUCUACACAAGUGGGAAGCUCUAGUUUAGCAUCCAGUACAAUGUCCCAUGGAGAUUUUCCUCAGAGGUCAAUAUUAGGCCAUCCACAUACUCUAGCAAGCUCUUCCAGCUCACUACCAUUGAAGAACCUCGUCCAAGGAAAACGUUCGAAUGUGGGCAGGAAUGGUCUAAGAAAUUUUAGGUGCAAUUCAGUAUCGGAUGUUGUCUCUUCAGGUUCAUCUUCAUCUUCAGAGACGAGCCUUACCAAAAGAAAGGACCCGGUGAAGAAAAGAGUCUUUCAUGGAGAGAGUAGUAACUCCUCUGUCAAGGGUAAAAAGAUGGCUAGCUCCCUUCCAGAAGGGCGGAGUUCUUCUCUUCCUACUUCUGGUAUUUCCAUUUCCGAUUCUAGAAGAGCCAGAACUGUGCCUCCUAUUAGGGAUAAUCCUGUUUCAUCUGUUAGGACUAGAAGAUCAGUAACUGGUUUCAAUUACAAUAGACCCCAAGGGACUAGAAACAGUUUAGCUCUCACUGAGGCCCAUACUUUGGUCCCACAAGUUCCGCAACAUGACAUGAGUAUUGACCUCAGUAGCCCUACUACUUCAUCACAUCAGUUCUUUAUGGAACCUUCCCUAGGUCGCCCUUCAUAUAGUCGGCCUGGUAGUAGCAGUGCAAGUUCGAGGGGUAUUAGGCCAUCUAGUCCUAUUGCCGAAAUCAGCAACAUGAGAUCCUUACUAAACAGGGAGAGUUUCAGACGCUACAACAUGGAUGGAAUUGCUGAGGUAUUGUUGGCACUUGAGAGGAUUGAACAGGAUGAAGAGCUGACAUAUGAGCAAUUGCUUGUUCUGGAGACCAAUUUGUUUCUUAGCGGGCUGAACUUCCAUGACCAGCACCGUGAUAUGCGACUGGACAUAGAUAAUAUGUCUUACGAGGAAUUGUUAGCUUUGGAAGAGAGAAUGGGUACUGUGAGCACAGCAGUGAAGGAGGACGAACUGUCAGAUUGCCUUAAGACAAGCAUCUAUCAGUUGGUAUCCAUGGAUGGUGCAUCUAGGAACCUUAGUACAGAUAUGGAAGAUAUUAAAUGCAGCAUUUGCCAGGAGGAGUAUGGAGAUGGAGAUGAACUGGGACGGUUACGAUGUGAACACGAGUAUCAUUUGAACUGCGUACAUCAAUGGUUGAGGCUGAAGAACUGGUGCCCGGUUUGCAAGGCACCAGCAGUUGUGCCCACCGAGCCUGCAUCUCCUUCGUCUCCCUCGUCGUCGUCAUCACUUUGAUGAUUCUUAAUGACUUCUCUUCAUUUUGUACAAAAAUUUCACGUUUUGGGUCGCUUUUCUACCCUUCUUCUCCCCUCUCUGAAAAAAGAAUUCAAGUUUCUUUGUUUUUGGUUUCUGGGUUAUGGUGUACAUAGGGAGAUAUUGUGGUGAUUUUGAUAGACUAAUAAGUUGUGGCAAUUCAUUGCUCAACAAUUGAUAUAAUGAAAAGAAAAAGAAAAAAAAUGGAAAUGCUUCUAUUUUUUGGCUUUAGUUCUUUCUAACUACAGAUUCAAGAAAUAUAGCUUAUAAUGGAAUCGAUCAGAUUUUGCUUGAAUCUAUGUAUCAGUAGCAAGCACUGACUUGAUAUAUUUUUUCUUCUUUUUUGGUAGAAUUUGGCAAUUGACAUAAACCCACACAUGAUACAUGAUCUACACAUGAAUGUAGAACACGUGGGAUAUACCAAAACACGAAUAACGUCAUUCGAUGUUUCCUAGAUUCUUACUUUUCACAAACAAACAAAAAAAGGAUCUCCUAUAGAUUCAAAAACAAAGUAUCUACCUUAGAUUCGUCAAAUAACUGAUUAGCUAAAGGCUUCAGGCAAAGCUUGCCAAGAACAGGAAGCUGAACUAAACAGCAGAAUACCCAAUAGUUUGCUACACCAAGCGAUAUCAAUUAAAAUCAUAAUCAUCAACAUCACCAUUGCCGAGAAGCAGCGUAAAUCGAUCAAGGGAAGCACCAAUAAACAUCACAAUCAGGAGAGUUAGAAUACAGCAGCUGUGGCAGCCAUGCAGGUUAGAUCGGUGUUUUCUCGGUCUCCACACUUUCAGUAGUAUAGUACCAGAAAGCUACACAGCAACCAUGUUAGAUUACUAGGCAACAACAACAUAGGAAGAUUCCUGAAACAACCUCCAGAGGCCAAGCUAACUAUUGCUUGAUUGCCUGCUACUGUUGCUACUAAAGAGGGUUUCUUGCAGCUGAGACUUCUGCAGCUUUUCUUGUACAGUGAUUGCUGCUUCAUGUUAAUACCAUCUUGAUUCAAAGAUUAAAACACUCUGAAAGAAACAGUUCGAUACACAAGCACAUAACGAUGCAAUUUCUGCCCACCGAACAAUGGUAAUUCUUUUUAGUGCCAGUAAAUAGAAAAUAAUGCAGCAGGUAUCCGGUAAAAUGACUUCACAGAGGAGAGAGCGAAAAAGGAGGGCAAAUAUCCUGCUGCCAGCGACAACACUAAGAACUACGAGCCCAUUCCCAUAUUAGGAACGUGCACCAUAAUGGUCGCAUGACCAAUAUUAGCACAACUGAAUGCAGGAAAAGGUUCCUUUGUACAGCUCCUGCAAUUCUGUAUCUCUAAUGCUGUUGCUACUGGAAGGUAACACAAUUCAAUCUAAGCUUCUAAAAGUUGGAGAGAGCAAGUGCUGGAUGCCAAAAUACAUCAAUUCUGAAGCAUAACUGAGCUAAAUUUGACAGGCUUUUAUGGUAGUUAAAAGAAGAACAGGUAGGCACAGAGUGCUAAGAGGAUGAAGGUUAGAGGGAGAGGAGAUACCCAUGCAGCCAAUACAAUGAACCAAACACUCCUAGAAAUCAGAAAACAAGUAAAGCAUAAAAGACAUUAUUUAUG